GCAGCCAUGGAAAACUCCCUGCCUGGCCCCAUAAACACCAUGCUUGUAUAACCAGUUGUGGCUAUAUAAACACACAAAAAAAUGCAGUCAUCACUGACCCUCAGUGCUGGAGACAGUGUCCAUCUGUUUCUAUGCUAUGUGUUGCUCCUGGAUGUGUGCCCUGCCUUCUUGCUUCGCUUUUAUUCUCAACUUUCCCCUGGGUCCCUGACGGCAUCAGCCGUAGUCCCUCCCCUUGUGAUUUUCUUUGCAGCCCCAGACACAGCAGCUGCAGCUCACCUUUUGGCUCUCUGUGCCAAAGUUUUAACAUCCUCCCUUGCCUUUUUGAGGGCAUCAGCAUCACUUGCUCUUGGUCAUCUAGGAGGAAUAAUGCCUCAGCCUUGAGGCACUGCUGCUCUCCCAGGCAUCUUGUUCCCUCUCCUUUGGCCCCUGCAACUUGUGGAAGAGGAAGGAAACAGGAUUAGAGUCUGCUGGUGGGGCAGGCAGUGGUGGUGCUCUUCCCUAGCCUCCAAGAGGACGCCUGAGUGUGGUGUUGCCACAGCAACGACUUCCACUUAUCCCUAGAUAAGACGGGCAAGAGCAUCAGCAGCAGCCCCAGCCCAGACAGAUCCUCCAGUGAGCCCCGAGGACAAACUGCACCUUCCCUGCCACCUCACACUGCUCAUAUCUUUAUAGGAGGAGAAAAGCCUCUUUCAAUGAUGUCAACAAAAUGUGUUCAGCCACUUGAUAUCCCAGACGACAGACUGGACAAGCAAGAUUCACAGUGUAACCAUUUAGAAGAUCUUUCAGAGCAGCUGAUUAAGAGCUGUGACCUCAAAAAAAAACCAAGAAAAGGUAAAGCUCUCACAGCUUCCCAGAAGACUGAACAGGAGCAAAAGAAGCCAAAGAGAAAAGAUACACCGGCUUUUACUCCACUACCUCUAACAGGCAUAGUUUCAGACUCAUCAGAAAAUCUGCUGAAAAGGUAUGGUAUCACAGAGAAGUCACAGAGAGAGAGAGUGAGUCCAAUCACUCCAAUCACUGAACUGGAGCAGAAAAAGCCCAGAAGAAAAGAUACACCUGCAAUACACAUCCCACCUUUGAUAAUAGGCACUAAGCUGUUUACAGAAGAAGAACAAACAGUGAUUAUGGAAGAUGAAGAAAAGGAUGGAGACACAAUCCACAGUUAGAUUACAGUGAUAUUUCAAUAAUACAGUGUAAAUAAUCAUGGGUCAUUCAAAGUGGCAGCACAUUAAAAAAGAACUUUCAUCUUUAUAAAUAAUUUUCUCAAUUGUACACCUGAAUUUAAACUAUUUUCAAGUGCUUAUCUGCAUCUUAUAAUUCCCAGCAAGCUUCAUUGGAGAUGAAUGGCAGAAAUUUCAGUUGCAGAGGGUUGAAGGAUUCUGUUGGUUUACUACAAGUGGCUUCCUACCAUUUUUGUGAGUGAGGAAUCCACCUCAGAUCAGCUCCAGCUUUGUGCAGGAUGGUACUCAUACAGUACCUGGCACUAGAAGUGGUAGUGCAGAGUAAUAAAACAUCAACUAAUUAUUCAAAUUGCUUUUUUUUCCUGACACUUCACCUUAUUUGUCCAGCUUUCCUUUCCUGGAAUAACACUGACUACAGUAAAAAUUCCCAUGUGCAGAGCUGAUGGGAUAGAUAAAGAAGGUGAGAGGGCCAGGAUUCCACUCUAGAGUCUCUGAAAUGCAAAGCUGAAAUUUCCUCUGCCCAUAUCUGCCCAUGACUUCUGUCUGUAAGGAGGAAAAUAUAGAUUUACUGUAGAAUUAAAAUUACACCUAAGGGGUCUCAGCGUUGACAGACACGUCAAAAAGGAUGGAGGGCAGGGAUCUCAGAGGAGAAAGUGCAACACCUGCCUGUGACAGCAGUGUAGACAAUUGUCUCCACUGGCUUGGUGAAAGAUGAAAUAGUUGGAUAGUUGAUCUUUUUUGCUCCAAAUAAUUUCUUUUCACAUCUGCUUUUUAAAUUGAGUCCUAGGUAAUCAUUUAGGAGAGGUUGUAAAGAUUCAAAAUCACAGCAGGAAGGUAAAAAUUGAGUAAAAGGAAUACUGUUACUCAAUGGCAUAUGCUUACUGCAAGAUAGAAGAGCAUCACAUGAACUUUUUAAUAGUUUACCUCAAUGAUUCAAACGAGAAUUAUUUUCACAGCCAGCUACAGCCUUCAACAUUUGUAGAGAGAUGGGUAUUGGUAGAAUAUUUUACAAAAAAUUAUGUAGAACUGGACACUUUGUGCUUGCCUUAAUAACUCUGGGCUAGAUGGAGUAGCACUGCCAGCUGAACCCUUAGGGAACUAAGCAGAGAGGCUGAACAUUAUCCAGCCUGGCAGACUGAAUUUAGUUAUCUUUUAAACUCACUUAGACAGACAGCUGAGGACCAUACUAGUUUGGACUCCAUUUUCCACUCUGACUGACCCAGCAUUUUUCAUGAGAAUGCAGUCCAUUCACAAAUAUAUGUGAACGUAUACUCUCAAGAUGUAGUCAAUGAGCUUACAAUAAAUAUUAAAUUGUACAAGAGGUCUGCUAUAUGAUUAAUGGGAUGUUUCUUACUUAGAAAGUAUACUUGUUUUUAUCCUAUUAAUCUAUCAGUGAGAUAAUAUUGAAAAUAUAAACAAUCAAUAUUCAAAUAACAACAUUAAUAUAAGAUCCACAGUAAAGUAUGUCACAAGUACAUGACAAGACAUACGCAUGACUCAGGUCUACCUUUACCAGGGAAAUUGGUGAAUAUUUUCAGUGCAUGUGUAGUGAGUUGACCUUGGCUGGACGCCAGGUGCCCACCAUGCUGUUCUGUCACUCCCCUUUAGAGCAGGACAGUGGAGAGAAAAUAAGAUGCAAAACAACUAGUAGGUUGAGAUAAAGCAGCUUACAAAACCAAAGGGGGGAAAAAAAAGAAAAGCAAGAGUUUAUGCAUGCAUGAGUAAAAGGGUAAACAAUUAAUAUCUACUUCCCAUCAGCAAACAAUAUUCAGCCACUUCCCAGGAAGCAGGGUUUCAGCACACAUUUCUGGAGAGGUUGCUCCAGAAGGCAAAAAUGGUAACAUAAUGCAUGUCCUCCAUUCCUCCUCUCCCAUAGCUUUUGUAUCUGAGCUGAUGUCAUAUGGUAAGGAAUAUCCCUUUGUUUUAUUUGGGUCAGCUAUUUUGACCUAGUUGUGUCCCCUCCCAGGAUCUUGCCCACUCCCAAUCCCUUAGGAUAGGAGGCAUGGGAGACAAUGUUGGAGAGACAGUGCUGAUACUGUGCCUGUGCUGCUCAGCAGCAGACAAAACACCAGUGUGUUAUCAACAUCCUUCCAGCUACCAAUGCAAAGCACAGCACUGUGAGGGCUGCUAAGGGAAAAUGAACUCUAUCUCUGUCAGCCCCAAUACGGUCACCACCCCUUAUUCCAUACCAUUUCUGUCCUACUCAGAUCCCAGGUAAUUUAUAUAUCUUCCAAUUGUUCCAUUAUAUUUCUCAUUACUGGAAUACAUACAACUUUAACUACAUCCUUAAACCAUCUCUAUACCAAAUAUACACUUUGAUUACUACUAUCCCCCAUCCUUUCAUAGAUCGAUAUUGAUUUCCCUUUUCAUUGGCUUCUUCCAUCCCUCCAGAUCCAUGACUUGGGCUCCAUUCCAUCAGGAUGGGUGGUCAAGACAGGAGAAGCAGAAUACUUUUAUGCCACAAAUUAUUUUCUCCCCAGGGUUAAACUUCCUUGAGUCACACAGUAGGUCUCCCCAUUGUUCCACACUACCCACCAAAUCCAUCCUGGUCCUUGGGCAAAGCAAUCCCACAAAUGGGUUUGCCUUUUCCCAUGGAAGGAGAAAUCCACACCAACUUCCCUAGCCACUUCUCUAUGUGUAGUGAGGGACCUUAUUGCCACCCACAGUAUGGAAGGGUUUUGUUUGGGCAGGAUCGGAUGGUCAGCAGACUGCUCUUGUUAACCAGCUUAGGCUUCUGCUAAAUUUGCAUCCUAAUGCUUCCAUGCCCAGUUACCUUAACACCAUUAACACAGUCUUCAGCAGUCCAUUAUAACUCUCAACCUUUCCAGAGGCUUGUGGGUGAUAGAGGAUGUGAUAUCCUCUCAAUGCCAUGUUUCUUUGCUCAAGAAUUUGCAAGAUUAGUUUGAAAAUGAGUCCCAUUGUCUGAUUUGAUUGUCUCUGGGUACCAUGUCACCACAAAACGUGUUUCUCAAGGCCUAAGAUAGUGUUUCAAGCAGUGGCAUGGUUUACAGGUUAAUGUUUCCAGCCAGCCAGUUGUUUCCUCUACCAUGGUGAGUAUGUAGCUCUUGCCUUGGUAUGUUCAUGGCAGUGAUCUAAUGUAGUCAAUUUCCCAAGCUUCACCAUACUACAAACACAGCAACUACCCUCAAUUCCAAGGAGAUUUUACUCACGUGGCUCUGUUGAUUGCAGUGCAUAUUUCACAUUCAUGAAUAAUCUAUGUGAUAGCCUCCAUAGUCAGCUCCAUUAUCCCAUCAACAAAGAAAUCUGCUUAAGUGGCUGGGGGCUGUAGUCUUUUCACAAGUUUCAAAGUUCUGAUGAGGUCAGAGAAACUUGGGUUUCCUGUUUGAUUUGCGUCACUCCUUCAAAUUUCUGUGUUGAAGGAUCUGCUGUUGAAGGACCUUCUUCUUCCGUCUAACCUCUCCUCUCCUCUCCUCUCCUCUCCUCUC